UUUGCCAAAAAUUGUACCUAAAUCUAAUCAAGCAAAUUUUUCCCUUAAAGAUCUAGAUAAUAAAUAUUUUAGGCCUCUGUCACAGCUACUCAACUCUGCUGCUAUAGCACAUAAAAGCCAUGGACUGUGUGGAAACAAAUGGCUGUCUUUCAAUAAAACUAUUUACAAAAGCCAGCAGGACUUGACCCAUAAGCUCAAUUUUGCCAACCUGUGUUCUGGAAUACAGCCUUAGUAAUUUCAUCCUGGAUUGAUUAUUUGCUGGAAGUCCUGCUAUAAUCCUAAGGGUGAGCAAAAUGUCUUGUACCUAUUCUAUUCUCAGCAAGUAGCCCUACUUGACAAAGAAUAUCAAACCGAAACCAAACUAGUUGCCAAUGAGUCAGCUUUGACUCAUGGUGACCCAGUGUUUGGCAGAGCAGAACUAUGCUCCAUAGGGUUUUAAAUGGCUGAUUUUUUUUUCAGAGUUAGAUCAUGAGCCCUUUCUUGCCAAGGAGAUUCUGGGUGGGUUAGAACCACCAUCCUUAAGUUAGUAGUCCAGUGCUUAACGAUUUGCACCACUCAGGGACCCCUAGACAAAGAAUGUGUGGUGAAUAAAAACUUGGGAACGAGGAGAAGUGGUGAGGGGAAUAAAAGGUAAAUAAAGGAGAGGAGAGAGGAGAAAGAGAAGCAGAAGGAAAUAUGUAUAACUGAUAUGGUUUCCUCUUUAUGGGAGUAUUUCAGCCAAUAAUUGAAAAAAAUAGAAUAUCAGCAUUUUGUAAACCCCAAUAAAUUAAUGGAUUCCAGGUAAUAAUUAUCAUUAAAAAAAAAUAGGAGAAGCAGUCAGUAUGUGGGUCCUAAUGAAAGUACAUAAGAAUGUUUGCCAAAAAUUGUACCUAAAUCUAAUCAAGCAAGUCCUUCUGUAAAGGAUCAGAUAAUAAAAAUUAAGAUUUUUCUUACAUUUGAUUUUGUUGUCACCUCCAUCUUUUCUAUCAGACCUAUCAACAACAUGACACCAGGGAACCUGUCAGACGCUACAGAAUUCCUCCUCUUGGGGCUCUCAGAGGGUCCAGAACUGCAGCCCCUCCUCUCUGGGCUGUUCCUGUCCCUACACCUGGUCACUGUAGCUGGAAACCUACUCAUCAUCCUGGCCAUCGUCUCUGACUCUCACCUCCACACCCCCAUGUACUUCUUCCUCUCCAACCUGUCCUUUGUACACAUCUGUUUCACCACCAGCACGAUCCCCAAGAUGCUGGCGAACACCCAGACACAGAGGAAAUCCAUCAGUUACACAGGCUGCCUCACCUGGAUCUGCUUUGUCCUGACUUUUGCUGGACUGGAAAAUGGAAUUCUAGCAAUGAUGGCUUAUGACAGAUUUGUGGCCAUCUGCCACCCACUGAAGUACACGGCCAUUAUGAGUCCUACACUCUGUGAGCUGCUGGUUCUGUUGUCCUUCCUCAUUGGUGUCCUUGAUGCCCUGCUGCACACUCUGAUGGCACUGCGGCUGUCCUUCUGCACAGAUCUGGAAAUACCCCACUUCUUUUGUGAACUAGCUCAUGUUCUCGAGCUUGCCUGCUCUGAUAUCCUCAUUAGUAACCUCUUGGUCUAUGUAGUGACCACUUUGGGUGUUGUUCCUCUCUCUGGGAUAGUUUUUUCUUAUACUCGAAUUAUCUCCUCUGUCCUGAAAAUGCCAUCAGCUGGUGGAAAGUAUAAGGCUUUCUCCAUAUGUGGGUCACACAUAAUAGUUUUUUCUUUGUUCUAUGGAACAGGUUUUGGGGUGUACCUUAGUUCUGCAGCUACUCACUCCUCUAGGAACAGUGCAGUAGCCUCAGUAAUGUACACUGUGGUCACCCCUCUGGUGAACCCCUUUAUCUACAGCCUGAGGAACAAGGACAUGAUAGGGGCUUUGAGGAAACUCAUCUCUAGAAUAUUCUCUUUCCAUUGA